AUGUUCAAGAGUGGUCUCGCCCGGACCUUCGGGAGGGCUGCUUUUGCCCGUCCGACCCCCGUCGCCCGCGCUUUCCAACCUCUCCGCACCAAUGCCCUGCCGGCCCUGUCUGCUCGCCUCGCCAGCUCCGAUGCCGCUCAGGCUGGCAAGAUUCACCAGGUUAUUGGUGCCGUCGUCGACGUGAAGUUCGAGGGCGAGAAGCUCCCUGCCAUUUUCAACGCCAUCGAGACCCAGAACAACGGCCAGAAGCUGGUGCUCGAGGUUGCCCAACACUUGGGUGAGAAUGUCGUGCGUACCAUUGCCAUGGACGGUACUGAGGGUCUGACCCGUGGUGCUGCUGCCACCGACACUGGUGCCCCCAUCACCAUCCCCGUCGGCCCCUCCACCCUGGGCCGUAUCAUCAACGUCACUGGUGACCCCAUUGACGAGCGUGGCCCCGUCAAGGCUACCAAGUUCUCCCCCAUCCACGCCGAGCCCCCGGAGUUCACCGACCAGUCGACUGAGGCCGAGAUUCUGGUUACCGGUAUCAAGGUCGUCGACCUGCUUGCCCCCUACGCCCGUGGUGGUAAGAUUGGUCUGUUCGGUGGUGCCGGUGUCGGCAAGACUGUGUUCAUCCAGGAGUUGAUUAACAACAUUGCCAAGGCCCACGGUGGUUACUCCGUCUUCUGCGGUGUCGGCGAGCGUACCCGUGAGGGUAACGACCUGUACCACGAAAUGCAGGAGACUGGUGUCAUCCAGCUCGAGGGUGACUCCAAGGUCGCCCUGGUGUUCGGUCAGAUGAACGAGCCCCCGGGUGCCCGUGCCCGUGUUGCCCUGACUGGUCUGACCAUCGCCGAGUACUUCCGUGAGGAGGAGGGACAGGACGUGCUGCUCUUCAUCGACAACAUCUUCCGUUUCACCCAGGCCGGUUCCGAGGUGUCUGCCCUGCUGGGUCGUAUCCCCUCUGCUGUCGGUUACCAGCCCACCCUGGCCGUCGACAUGGGUGUCAUGCAGGAGCGUAUCACCACCACCCAGAAGGGCUCUAUCACCUCCGUCCAGGCCGUCUACGUGCCCGCUGACGAUCUGACUGACCCUGCCCCCGCCACCACCUUCGCCCACUUGGACGCCACCACUGUGCUGUCCCGUGGUAUCUCCGAGCUGGGUAUCUACCCCGCUGUCGACCCCCUGGACUCCAAGUCCCGUAUGAUGGACCCCCGUGUCAUCGGUGAGGACCACUACAACACCGCUAGCCGUGUCCAGCAGAUGAUCCAGGAGUACAAGUCGCUCCAGGAUAUCAUCGCCAUUCUGGGUAUGGACGAGUUGUCUGAGGCCGACAAGCUCACCGUCGAGCGUGCCCGUAAGCUCCAGCGUUUCCUGUCGCAGCCCUUCGCUGUCGCCCAGGUUUUCACUGGUAUCGAGGGCAAGCUGGUCGACCUGAAGGACACCAUCCGCAGCUUCAAGGCCAUCAUCAACGGCGAGGGUGACGACCUGCCCGAGAACGCCUUCUACAUGGUUGGUGACUUUGAGUCUGCUCGCGCCAAGGGUGAGCAGAUUCUGGCUGAGCUUGAGGGCCAGUAA